AUGGCAAAUAGCAACAACCUCAACAACAACAAUAAUACAAAUAAUAACAAUAACAACUUUAACGACAAUGGCAUAAUGGCGGUGUGUCCGCCGCCACCCUAUUCGUCGUCGCGUAUUCAUCGGGCCGCCGCUGUGCCAAGCAGCCGCCACUACUACUCGCCGCUGACGUAUUCAUCGGGCCGCCGCUGUGCCAAAGCUGCCGCCACUACUAGUCGUCACCUGCGUAUUCAUCGGGCUGCCGCUGUGCCAAAGCCGCCGCCACCCUAUUCAUCGUCGCAUAUUCAUCGGGCCGCCACUGUGCCAAGCUGCCGCCACUACUACUCGCCGCUGACGUAUUCAUCGGGCCGCCGCUGUGCCAAAGCUGCCGCCACUACUAGUCGUCACCUGCGUAUUCUUCGGGCUGCCGCUGUGCCAAAGCCGUCGCCACCCUAUUCAUCGUCGCAUAUUCAUCGGGCCGCCGCUGUGCCAAGCUGCCGCCACUACUACUCGCCGCUGACAUAUUCAUCGGGCCGCCGCUGUGCCAAAGCCGCCGCCACCCUAUUCAUCGUCGCAUAUUCAUCGGGCCGCCACUGUGCCAAGCUGCCGCCACUACUACUCGCCGCUGACAUAUUCAUCGGGCCGCCGCUGUGCCAAACUGCCGCCACUACUACUCGCCGCUGA